GACAUUGGUCAGAAAGUCACGAGUACGGGCUGAGCCAGCAGCUGCCGUUGCAGUAUGGCCUCGGAGAGGGAUGUACGCGCACAGCUGCAGCGCGCCGGCCAGGAACAUCUCCUGCGCUUCUGUGCGGACCUGGCUCCGGAGGCUCGAGCCAGGCUGCUAGCAGAGCUCGCCUCGCUGGAGGCCGACGCGCUGCGUGAGCACUGCCAGCGCGCCUCAGCGGCAGGCGCGCUAGCCUCGGGUCCUCUGCCGGACCUGGCGGCACGCCUGCAGCCCCUGCCCCCAGAAUGCGUGGGCAGCGCGAUCCGCUGCGACCAACAGACACGCCUGCGGUGGGAAGAGGAAGGUUUCCGACAGAUUGCUCUGAACAAGGUAGCUGUCCUGCUGCUGGCCGGUGGGCAGGGCACUCGCCUGGGUGUCAGCUACCCCAAGGGCAUGUAUCAAGUUGGACUGCCCAGCCACAAGACCCUAUACCAACUGCAAGCAGAGCGGAUCCGGCGUGUCCAACAGUUGGCUGGCCAGCGACUGGGGACCCACUGCACCGUGCCCUGGUACAUCAUGACCAGUGAGUUUACACUGGGACCCACAAUCAAGUUCUUCAAGGAGCAUGACUUCUUCCACCUGGACCCCACCAAUGUGGUGCUGUUCGAGCAGCGCAUGCUACCUGCUGUGACCUUUGAGGGCAAGGCCAUUCUGGAACGGAAAGACAAAGUUGCCAUGGCCCCAGAUGGCAAUGGGGGCUUGUACUGUGCCCUGGCUGACCACCAGAUCCUGGAGGACAUGAAGCGGCGGGGUGUGGAGUUUGUGCAUGUGUACUGUGUAGACAACAUCUUGGUGCGGCUGGCUGACCCAGUCUUCAUUGGCUUCUGUGUGCUUCAGGGAGCAGACUGUGGUGCCAAGGUGGUGGAGAAAGCGUACCCUGAGGAGCCAGUGGGUGUGGUGUGCCAGGUGGAUGGUGUCCCCCAGGUGGUGGAAUACAGCGAGAUCAGCCCUGAGGUUGCUGGGCAGCGUGGGGCCAAUGGGGUCCUGCUGUACAACACAGGCAACAUCUGCAACCAUUUCUUCACCAGAGGCUUCCUGGACAUGGUCACCAGGGAGUUUGAGCCCUUGCUGAAGCUGCAUGUGGCCGUGAAGAAGGUCCCAUAUGUGGAUGAGGAGGGAAAUCUGGUAAAGCCGCUAAGACCGAAUGGGAUAAAGAUGGAGAAGUUUGUGUUUGAUGUGUUCCAGUUUGCUAAGAACUUUGUUGCCUUUGAAGUGUGUCGGGAGGAGGAGUUCUCCCCUCUGAAGAAUGCUGACACAGCCGACAGGGACAACCCCUCCACCUCCAGGCGAGCCUUGCUGGCUCAGCACUACCGCUGGGCUCUGCAGGCUGGAGCCCACUUCCUGGAUAUACAUGGGGUCCAGCUUCCGGAGCAGUCUGGCUUGCUCCCAAAUGGAGACCCUCCGGCCAUCUGUGAGAUAUCGCCCUUGGUGUCUUACUCUGGAGAGGGGUUGGAAAUGUACCUGCAAGGCCGGAAACUCCAGUCUCCAUUCAUUCUGGAUGAGGACCAAGCUGGGCUGCUGCAGCCACGGGACUGCUAACCUGCCUGCUCCCGGGUUCCCAGGCCAUGGGGUUCUAUAGGGUGGUGAUACUGUGAGGCGGUGAUGGGAGAGGUUCAGAGUGGACAUGUUAGCCUGCAGGACACCGAAGCAAGUGUGCUAGUUGACUUCAAAAGGUUGGGACCUCUUGGGUUCCCCACCACAGACUCUGGUUGGCUCUCUGUGUGUUUUUUGUUUGUUUUGUUUUUGCCUUCUUGCUGGCUCUGGGGCUGGGCUGAGAGGCAGGGGGUUGAGAACUUUGGGAAAUGGGACUAAAAGAGGCUUAUGGGUAGAGGGAGGGAGGUGUUGUCUAAGAAGGCAGCACAGGGGAUGCCCUUCUAGCAUCUCCCCACACCCCCAACAUACACACACAGGCCAGCCACAUGCUCAGCAGACAGUGAGCUGUGCCUUAUGGAGGUGUAGUUAAAAGACCUACUCCCAGGUAGCAGAACCAGAACUGGAGUAAGGCUGAGCAUGUCACCCCAUGGGCCAGACAGGACCAGUAGUUGAAGCCUGAUACCAAUGCCUGACUCAGUUGGAGAACUCCGAUUGGCAUAGCUGAGGUGAAAGGUGAAGUCUCCCUGCCUUUCUUAGACUUCUCCCACAGCCUGAGUCUCCCAGUCAUACCUGCAAAUGGGCCUGGCUGCUGUGUCCUGAGUAACUCUCUCCCAGAAGGAGAGGUUGCCUUCUGAAACUGAUUUUGACCCAGUCAGGAGCACACCUCAUCUUGGUAAGUUGCUUUCCCCAGAACUUAGAGUGAAUGCUCUGGGAUGGCGAUAUAGUUUCUGUGUAAAAUGGCUCUGCCACCCAGCCUUAUUCUGUCACUGACACAGCCGACAGCUGUUGAUUCAAUGCUAUUUUCCCAGGACACUGGCCCUUCCCCUGUAAUGUAAUAGUGGUCAGGAUAGGCAGCCUAUUCUGCAGUCCCCUACCCUCAGAUAUAUGGGCUCCUGCUCAUUCCCAUUUGCUUUCCCAGAGGAGGUCAGGGGAGGAGUGCAUUCACCUUUUGGUGUGGAAGCAGUGGAGACAGAUCUGGAAAAGAUGGUAGAAUCAGGCCCGCGGCUGCCAUUGUUGGACCAGUGUGUAGAAGUCAAGCUGAGCUUUUGCUGGGCUCUGUGGUCAUCUUGCAGUACACUUCAGAAGCAAAUGGUGUAUCUUGACACCUUCUCUUAUUGUUCCACAGGCAAGCCAGGGCCCCUGGGGCAGGAGAGAUCAAAGGGAUCGAGAUGAAAACCCCCUAGUCUCCUCUUGAGUAAGCAGUCAGUUGGGUGGAUUCUGGAAGGGACUAAAAAAAUUUCAAAGAAAUCUCCAUGUCCUUUGCCCAUUUCCUUGGUUAUUGUAUCUUACAUGAUUAUAAGGCUAUCAGACUUGGGGUGAUAGAGGUACGGUGUUUCAAGAUCUCAUGUGAAUUUAUUAGUGUAACCUGCAUUCAAUUGAAAUGAAUAAUUAUCCCCUCAGCAUGAUGUUGUCCUUUAGGCCACCUCUCCAUAGUCACACCCCCACCAUUCCUAGCCUAUAUUAUCCUGAAAAGACUACUGACUUAAGAGUGGACAUUUUUAUUUUCACAGGUUGGAAACUUGGAAUAAGCCCAGGCUGCAGGGGUUGGUGGGUAUGGUCUUGUGCAUCCCAGGCUGGCCUUGAGUUAGCUACACAGGCAAGGCUGACCUUGGACCUCUGAACCUCAUGACAAGGUGCUCUGUUUAUGGGGUGGUGGGGUUGAGUCCAGGGCUUCAUUUGCAUGGUAGGCCAGAGCUCCAGUCUCAGAUGCAGUUUCUCAUGACAUGCAGAGGUGGGAAUGGGCGGGUCCAGGGGACAGGACUUUGGAAACAGGAGGCUAAGAAACCCUUUAUGCUUCUACUCAGCUCUUCACCAGGGGUUCAGGGAAACCCAAGACAUAGGACACUCCAGGGGAAACUUUGUAGCAGACUCAUGGCUGGCACUCUCCUUUUUGAUAGGCCCCUAAUUUUUCAGUGGCUGUAGGAAGCAUCACUUGAGGGCUGGGACCAGUAUGUGUGGGAAGAUAGCCAGGAGGGCACUAAAUUUGACCUGAGGAGGAGGAGGAGGAGGAGAAGGAGGAGGAUAGCUGAGACCAAAAGGGUUUUCAAAUUCAGAAAAACCAAAGGCCAAUUAGGCUUGCCAUAAUGGGGUCCUUCAGGUACCCAGAGAUGCACAGCUAGAUUGCACACUGUAAAAGUGUAGCUGGAACCUGGUUGUGGAGGUACAACUUUUAAUCCCAGUCCUAGGGAGGCAGAGGCAGGCUGAUAUCUUGAGUUUGAGACCAACCUGGGAGUGCCAGGGCAAACAGAGCUACAUAGUGAGACCCUGUCUCAAAAACAAGCAAAAGCCAUGUAGUUAGUUGGACCUGGGGCAAACUCGAGGUAGGGCUCCCUACGCCAUAGUGCGGCUUUGCAAGGUUGAGCUUUGACUUGGAACCAUGUGUUAGUCUUAGAACAUAGAUCCCAAUCCAUGAGGCCUCAAACUUCCCUGUUACAUCCCUUACCUGCAGGGGUAGCAGGAGGGGCCUAACAGUGGCUUUAAGUUUACAGGGCUCUGGUCUAGCCAUAGUCACCUUAUGGGGAAUCAGGCUGGGCCUGUUCUGGCUUCCUCUGUGUAGAAGACAGCAGUCUUCAUACUGAACCUUCCAUGGAUUCACCCCAUUUCAUACAGUAGGAGCUGCUGUAUAUGUAUCUCGGUACCCAUCAAACGCAUCACCUGUCAGGAACCCAGCCCAGGAAAAUCAUCAGAGCUAAGAACCUUGCUUCCAUCUGGCCUGUUGUGUGGGCCUGAUCUCUGCAUCUGCUUCUCUUCUUCCAGCUCUGAAACCUGAAGCCUCUUUAACCUUUCUUAGGCAUUCUGUGACUCACAUCUUUGUAAACACAAAGUAUGUAAUCUGAGUUGCUGUUAGUAAUUAAGUCUGAAAUGUAAUAAAGGAAUCCAUGUUUGCUAGUGGUCAUGAUUA